GCGGGUCUUACCUGUACGUCAUUUCCUGUAGACGUUUGCGCGAGGUGCCUUUGGGUGCAUCAUGCCGAAGUUUUACUGUGACUACUGUGAUACUUACCUUACUCAUGAUUCUCCAUCUGUGAGAAAAACCCAUUGCAGUGGAAGGAAGCAUAAAGAGAAUGUAAAAGACUACUAUCAAAAAUGGAUGGAAGAACAAGCUCAGAGCUUGAUUGAUAAAACAACUGCUGCAUUUCAACAAGGGAAAAUUCCACCUACUCCAUUCUCUGCUCCACCUCCAGGAGGAGCUAUGAUACCACCACCACCUAACAUCCCUGGUCCUCCACGGCCUGGUAUGAUGCCAGCACCUCAUAUGGGUGGACCUCCAAUGAUGCCAAUGAUGGGUCCUCCUCCGCCAGGAAUGAUGCCAGUUGGACCUGCACCAGGAAUGAGACCACCCAUGGGAGGACAUAUGCCAAUGAUGCCAGGGCCACCGAUGAUGAGACCUCCUUCCAGACCCAUGAUGGUGCCAACUAGGCCAGGAAUGGCUCGGCCAGACAGAUAAAUCGGAAGUGACCAGCUCACCAUCCCACCUUGAUUUUAUAUAUGCUCGUCUGUGACGGAGAAUCCUAGGAGAUACAUUGGCCAAAACAUCAAAUAAACUGUUGCUUUUUCAGCUCAUGAUCUUCACAGAGGGGGCAGGUGGAAGAGGAGAAGUGUUAGACUAAUGUGUUAUAGUAGAUUUCAAAGACAUUUUUCUUUUGCAUUGUUGGAAUAAAUAUUGAUACUUGUUACACACA